AUGAAAUUGAAAUUGCUGGUAUAUUACAUGUACAAUACCGGGGAUCUGCAGUCUUACAUUGUAUCAGUCUAUAUCAAAAUGGCCACAGCGGUCCAAAAUCCUCUGAAAUCGCAAUCAAGUGGAACCGUCAUAAAGAACAGCCUAGGUGAGGAGUUCUACCGCGAGGCCAUAGAGCACUGCCGCAGUUAUAAUGCUCGACUUUGCGCUGAACGCUCCAUGCGUCUGCCAUUCCUUGACUCCCAAACAGGCGUAGCACAGAGUAACUGUUACAUAUGGAUGGAGAAGACCCACCGUGGGCCAGGUGUGGCUCCAGGGCAGCUUUAUACCUAUCCUGCACGUUGUUGGAGAAAGAAGAGACGGUUAAACAUCUUAGAGGAUCCACGUCUUGGACCAAUCGAGUUUAAGAUUGACUAUGAGGCAGCCCUAAAGAAGGAAGGGGGUGUUCCUGAUGGUCCCGUGUUGGAGUCACUUCUCAGUGGAGAACUGCUUGAUAAGAAGGUUGAGACAAAGGAAGAGGAACCCAUGAGCGAGUGCCAGAAGCUGUUGGUGGGUGAUUUUCCUCAUGAGCUGGAUGUGGAGGAGAUGGAGGAAGACGUUCCCAAACGCAAGAACCGCACCAAAGGACGGGCAUGUGGUGUUGGAGGGAUGAGGAAGAGGCAGGAACCAGCAUCCCUAGAGGACAGAGACAAGCCAUAUGUGUGUGACAUUUGUGGGAAGCGCUACAAGAACCGCCCAGGUUUGAGUUACCACUACACUCACACACACCUGGCAGACGAGGAGGGUGAGGAAGACUCCGAACGGCACACACUGCCCUUUCAGCGCAAGAACAACCACAAACCCAAAAAAGCAGCCGAUGGUUCCGUCAUCCCCAACGGCUACUGUGACUUCUGUCUAGGAGGCUCUAAGAAAACCGGUUGUCCGGAAGAUCUCAUUUCCUGUGCGGACUGUGGCCGAUCAGGGCAUCCGUCGUGCCUGCAGUUCACUGUCAACAUGACGGCAGCAGUGCGGACAUACCGCUGGCAGUGCAUUGAGUGCAAAUCGUGCAGUUUGUGUGGUACAUCAGAGAAUGACGAUCAGCUUUUAUUUUGUGACGAUUGUGACAGAGGGUAUCAUAUGUAUUGUCUAAGUCCCCCCAUGGCGGAGCCUCCGGAGGGAAGCUGGAGUUGCCAUCUGUGUCUCCGCCAGCUAAAGGAAAAAGCGUCCGCCUACAUCACGCUAACCUAAUCUCUGUGCCCUACUUCACCCUACCAGUCUCAUCCUUCUCUAUCCCAUCAUCACGGAUCCAAAGAGACUCCCCCAACAUCAACCAGAAAAUAUAUUUUUUUCCAUCUGCCCACUGCUAGGUGUGGUUCAACCUGGAACCCCUUGUCAGUCCCUCCAAAGAGCUCAUUCCAGUAUGGACCUGAGGGUAUUUCUUCUUGCCUAACUCUUUCAGCUGUGGUUAGACAAGUUGUGCCAAAUGGUUUGUGAGGAGACAUUUUGAAUGGGGCACUUCAGUGGGAGGAGUCUCUAUGACAUCAUUAUACUGUAUGACGCACCAACUGCAAGUGAGAUGAUUGCCACAUGAUCUCACCACAGUUUUUGAUUUGUUUAGCUAUGAUGAGAGAAAGUGGUAUCAACGUGCCAUUGAUUUUUUUGUGAUAUUCUUCGGGAGCAGACACCAGCAUGUAAUGUGAUCAUGUUUAGUCACUGAAUUUGCCCUUAUUCUUGACUAAUAUAAUUAGACUAAUGUUGAAAGGAUGAAUUCUUCAAUGGUUAAAUACACUUAAGGGUAUAACUUUUAGUUACCUCCACAAACUUUAUAUCAAAUUAACUACAGUUUUGCAACCUGGUGUCAUUGAAUCACGUUAUUAUACCUAUGUUUUCUUUUAUUAUUAUUAUUUAUAUGUGCCUUGUAAAUCUGGCACUUUCCUGGUGAAAUGAACACUAGUGUGGCUAAAACAACAAUGACUUGUAUUUCUUUUAACAUAAAUCAUGAGAAAAACUUCAGAUUAUCUGUUCAUCAACAGUUACUUUUUGCUCUGUUCCUCACACAAUGUUGUCUUAAGACAACAUUUUUAUGUUUGCAUUACAUAACCAACUACAUUUACAAGCUUGUUCAAAUGUGAUGAAAUUCCGCUGUAGCUCAACUAUGGUUCCACUGAGACAGAGCAAAAAUGGGCGUUUCCCAAUCAAUGGAUGUUUUCAAACAGAGAUGGGUGUUUUUCAACCGCGUUACACGAUUUGUCUGUUUCAUUGGAUAGUUGAGAAAUGGCCAUCCUAGCUUGGAAAGCCCAAUUAUUACUACACUGAGAUUCACUUUGUUCAUUGGAUAGUUGAGAAACACCCAUCCUAGUGUGGAAAUGUCCAAUGAUUACUGCAGUGAAAUUCCAUACUUUCACUGGAUAGUUGAGAAACUCCCAUCCUAGUUUGGAAACACCCAAUGAUUACUACACUGAGAUUACAUACUUUCACUGGAUAGUUGAGAAACUCCCAUCCUAGUAUGGAAAUGCCCAAUGAUUACUACAAUGAAAUUCUAUACUUUCGUUGGAUAGUUGAGAACACACAUCCUAUUUUGAAACAUCCAAUGAUUACUACACUGAGAUUCUGUACUUUCAUUGGAUAGUUGAAAAACGACCAUCCCGAUUUGAAAUCAGCCACAGAUUGGGAAAUGCCCAGUAUUGUUCUGCAGAGACCAGUGCUUCAUUGCACUUGCGAUGCAAAGGACCAGGGGUACGAAUCCAGAAGGGCAUGCAAGUCGACAAGUGAGCCAAUAGUGCCAUAGCAACACCACAAAAUUAUGUGAUUAGUUCAGCAAUUGCGUUUUUCAUGUCACAUUGGCUUUUUCUGACACUAUCAGGUAGGUUUUGUUGAUUUAAAACUCGAUAGAGCAUUACUCUUAAAACCUUCAUCUUUUUGGGGGAAAAUUUGACUCCCUUUUAGUGCCACACAGUGGGCAUUUUACCUCGGAAAUGCAGCGAUACAUGUUAGGAACCACGUGAAAUCAAUUUGCAAAAAUGUCGCCAAAGAUACAUAAUUUUCAUGAUAUGAGACUGACAAUUUUACACAUUAAUCUAAAUUGAAAGACAAAGACUUUUGACCAAGGGAAGUAUUAUUGCUGCAACAUAUUGCUGUUUUUGUGCAUAGAUAUCCCUUUAUUAAGAAGGUUUGAGGUGCAUGCCAUGCCAUCAUCCAGAGUCAAACUUGCUCCUAAAAAUAAUUGAAAAGAAAGAAAAGUGGAUUUAAAAAAUCUUCUGGUUUCUUCUGUAAUUCCAACACGCUCUCCACAACCUCUUCAUAUUUAUUCAGAAAAGCCGACAUAAAAUUCCCUCUCAGUCAGGGUGCGUUUGUAAGAGUGUAUAUUUAUCGGGCAAUGUCUGUCCUUGUUUUAAAAACAGGGCGUUAAAUGUUCAAUUAUUCUCUUUUUUUAUGAUGACUUGCUUGCAUGUUGUAAUAGUAUCGUUUUUAAAGAAAUAAUUUAAGGACAAAAAAUCUGAAAGAAAGAAAGCACACUUAAUCUGCAAUAACAUUUUUGUGUCUGUGACCCUCUCUGGGGAAGUUGCGUCUGUAUGUACUGUAUGUGUGCUUUAAAGCUCUUGUGGAUCUUUGAAACUGUAAACAACAGACUGUAGUGGACGGAGUGUUACAAGGGGGAGGAGUUCAUGGAAUUUUUCUGAUGUUUCUGAUGAUGCCACUCUUAUUCUCAAGUUUUGAUUUCUUGGACAAACUGGAGACCAGCUUUGAGACUGCUUUUCCUGGUCUCUUUGGAGGGGCAUUUUUCCUUUUUUGGCACAAGAAAAUUGUGCGCCUCUUUUGUAGAAUGAGCUAUCUGUAAGUCUGCUUUGUGUUCAGAGACUUGCUACUGAAGCCUGCUUAAAAGAAGAAAAAAUGUCAAACUAAAUCCAGAGAAGUGUUUUGGGGACGGCAGCAAUCUGACGUCAGAUUGUGCUGAGGUGACUGUUUUGAACUCAAAGUUCCCUCUUAUCCGUGGCCUAAAGACUGCCUGCCAUAUUCUCUACUCCGAGUCCUUGAGCUUUAAGUUGCAAGACAUUUGCUGUAAAUAGAUAAUUGCGCUGUCUUUUCAGAAUCAGUCCAUGUUAUAGACUCAAGUGAAAUGUUCAGUGUGCAUUAAUGCAUCAAAAUGUGAAAACAGCCUUUUCUACGCAGUUAAGUGAAAUAUUAAUCCAUGUUAUUGGGUUAUUUCUAUUUUUGUAUAAUUUUGAAAUUUAUGGUUUUAACGAGCACUACACCAUUGUUAACUAUGAUGCCAGAUAUGUAAAUUAGGCAAUAUUUUAAAUUCUUUUUAAAAGAGUUGUAGAAGUGUUUCGUCUUCAGUAGAAAUAGUCUUGAUUUCACAUUUUGAUUUAUUGUUUUUUCUCUUAAGCCAACUAGAGUUGUUUUCACAGAUCUCUUUCUUGUAUUCACAACUAUUUUGCACAGUUUGUGUGAUUGUUUGGAUGAGGGCACUCUUAGAGCAUUUUGAUAAUGAAAUAUAAGCAAUUACAUCAGAGAUGAAAUUGUAGACACAUUUUGCAUGUGCUGAUGUCGACACACAAUAAUUAUACAUGGAAUGUGUUGAUUUUGUUCCUCUCAGCUAAACCACAAACAGAGAACGUUAAAGUGUGUAUUUUUUAUGUUAAAAUACUUCCUCCUAUUCCCAUUUAAUGUGCAGAAAGAACUGCAAGAAAGCCAUUUGUAUGUUGACUUUCCUGGUGAAAUGAACACUAGAGGCGCUACAACAAUAAUGACUUUUAUUCCCUUUCACAAGAACAAUGGAAGAAAAUAAUUUCACAGCCCUUUUUAAGAGGGGAUACGUCUGCCUUGGUGAGAUUUUUCGUUAGAAACUAACCUUCACGUUCUGUAGUAUUUUCUAGAAAUUCAUAUGAUUGUCAUGCUGUCUUCCAUGCCCCCUUUGAGAGAGGGGCUGUAAUUGGUGUGUAUGAAAAUAAGUGUUAUAGUCCACUGGCCUUUAUUGACAAGGGGUGGAGUCAUAAAUGAUGUGAUUGUAUUCUUAGUAAUGUGAGAAUAUGAAUGAUGUUAUGGGUAAAGGGGAAGCAUGGGUACACAAACAUGCAGUGCAGUGUCAGAAAUUUCACAUUCAUUUAAUUUUGAAAUGGUAAUCCUCCAUAUUUCCAUUUCAACUAGGACCACUUUAGAGUCCCUCGUCCAGCCUCAGUUGAGAUCUGUGCUCUCUUUGUCCUUCUAUCGGUCUCUCUCUUUGUCUCACUGAUUUCGCAGGGUCUUCUCUACCUUUAUAUUGUUGUGCUGUGAUUUGUGCUUGCAGUUUUUUCCUUUUUUAUUUUCCCCACUAACACACAAAAAGAUACUCUAGUGUGAGAGGAUGCGUGAUUGUUUUCCUUUCUUGUAACUGUCCACUGAAAAAUAAAACCGAUUUAUGGAGAAAAGAAGAGUGUUCUGACUCAGGACUGAGUUGUACAGUUGUUUUGUUUGAACUUGAAAUGGGUGCUUUUACAUGGAACUGAGCGGCUGUGAGGGCUGCUGCUCAGUGAUCCAUUUUAAAGAAUGUCCUUUGUUUUAUUUCUGUCCAUUUUGACAAGCAGGAAAUAAAAAAAGUACCAU